AUGACCUGUCUUUUAUUGAUUGGAAACGACGUGCGAAAGUGGCCGAUUUCACCGUAUCUGUUUCUGCGGUUGCUGCAUUUAGAAUUCAGAAUUGGAUCUGAUUCAAGCUUGGAAUUCCAGAAUUACGGCCAUCUCUCGCCCGCCCGUUCAGAUUCCGGUGGAGCUGGUGCAAAAGCUGCACCGUACUUAGGAGGAGAAGCAAAAAGGAUGGCCGCCAUCGCAGUUCACCAGUUUGCACAGUCCAUCACUUGCCACGCUUGGAGUCCCGACCGCUCUAUGAUCGCAAUUUGUCCAAACAAUAACGAAGUGCAUAUCUAUAGAUUGAGCCAGGAAAAGUGGGAGAAAGUCCAUGUCCUCCAAAAGCAUGACCAAAUUAUAUCUGGAAUAGAUUGGAGUGUGAAGUCUAACAAAAUUGUGACCGCGUCUCAUGACCGGAAUUCAUAUGUAUGGAACCAUGAAGGGUCAGAAUGGUUACCAACCCUCGUUAUCCUUAGACUCAACCGUGCUGCACUAUGUGUACAGUGGAGUCCUAAAGAGAACAAAUUUGCUGUUGGAAGUGGGGCAAAAACUGUUUGUAUAUGCUACUAUGAGCAAGACAAUAAUUGGUGGGUCAGUAAACUUAUCAGAAAAAGACAUGAGUCCUCUGUCACAAGUGUCGCUUGGCAUCCUAACAAUAUUUUUGUUGCAACAACUUCUACUGAUGGGAAAUGCAGAGUGUUCUCCACCUUUAUAAAAGGCGUUGAUACAAAGGACUCCAAAUCAAGCUCCUCAUCAGAUUCUAAAUUUGGAGAGCAAAUUGUCCAGCUUGACCUCUCAAUCUCUUGGGCAUUUGGUGUAAAGUGGUCACCUAGUGGAAAAACCUUGGCUUACGUAGGUCAUAAUUCUAUGAUUUACUUUGUGGAUGAUGUUGGUCCAGCUCCGUUGGCUCAAAAUGUUGCACUUCGUGAUCUACCACUUCGUGAUGUGUUAUUUAUUUCUGAGAAAAUGGUGAUAGGCGUGGGCUUUGACUGCAAUCCCAUGGUUUUUGCGCCAGAUGAUAGAGGAAUGUGGACGUUUAUUCGGUUUCUCGAUGAGAAGAAACCAACAUUAGCAAGCCCAAAAUAUGGUUCUCAGUUUUCUGAAGCUUUGGGAAAAUUUUAUGCACAAUCAAAGUAUGGUGCAAGCAACAACGAUGGCAACAGCCCUUCGAAAUCGCGUGGAGGUGCUCAUGAGAACUGCAUAACAUGCAUCAUGCCUCUUGCUGGUAAAUCGCGAAUAACACGCUUCAGCACUUCAGGAUUAGACGGGAGAGUAGUGGUCUGGGAUUUGGAGAAGCAGGAAGAUUUGUUGCAUACCUUGUGA